CGAUCUCAAUAUUAUUGUGCACUUUCAGAGUGUGACACUGUUUUACUGAAUCCAAGUCGUUGUAAAUUACAUUUUCAAUUCAAUUCAUGCAAUAACUUAUACACAUAUUCAGUGUUCAAGUGAUUCUAAUGUUCAGCUCUAUGUUCAAUGAAUUUCUAAUGCCUAUUAUCAACUCAAUUAUGUUAUCCAGUGCAUUAGAAGAUAUGAAACAAAGGUUACGAUUUCUGCGAAGACGUCAUACGGACUCAUCCAUUGAAUCCUCGGUGCGGCCCUCCAAAGAGGAACUGGAAAAGUGGGCCAACUCUUUCAUCGACCUCAUGAGCAGUAGAUAUGGUAGCGCACUAUUCCGUGCGUUUCUGUCGCGUGAAUUCAGCGAAGAAAACAUCGAGUUUUGGAUGGCGUGCGAAGAGUUCAAGAAAUCACGUCAAAGCAAAUUGACUCAAAAGGCCCGCAAAAUAUUUGACGACUUUCUCGCUGUUAAGGCACCCAAAGAGCAUGGUAAAUUUGGACCCAAAGCUGAGACUAUCAAUUAUGCAAACCCUACCGACCCCGGGCCGUAACAUGUUUGACCUGGCUCAGCGCAAAAUUCAGGGCCUUUUAGA